AGUCGGACACUCUGCAAGCCAGAGUGCUAGAGACAAUGACAUAUUUAUAUUUGGUGGUAUAGCAAAAGGCAAAGCUAGGAAUGAUGUUUAUCUAUUGGAUGCGAACACACUCAACGUACAACCAAUAUCAACGACUGGUGAUAUACCUCCUCCACGAAGUCGACACACUCAUGUUGUCAUAGGUCAACAGAUGAUUGUAUUUGGUGGGCUGGUCGCAAAUCCCGAAGAAAAACCCGAUGACAAUAUUUUCAUUCUCAAUACCGAAACAAAAAAUUGGGUGCAACCAGCAAUAAUAGGCAAUCGUCCAAUAGCACGAUUUGGCCAUACAGCAACAACAGUAGGGACAAAGAUGUAUAUUUUUGGUGGAGAAGCCGAAGGAUACCACAUGAACGAUCUUUUGGCUUUGGAUGUUGCAUCAAUGAACUCCGGUGAAGCAAGAUGGGAAGUAGUUGUGCCUGCAAACGACCCUCCGUCUGGACGAUCAGGGCACGUUGCCGUAACAUUUAAUGAGAAAAUUUACAUAUUUGGUGGCACUGAUGGUAAUAAAUGCUACAACGAUACAUGGUGCUACGACAUUCGCUCAAAUACCUGGACAGAGCUUGUAUGCAUCGGCUACAUACCUCUUCCACGCGAUAGCCACGGCGCUACGCUUGUAGGCGACGUAGUAUAUGUAUUUGGCGGGAAAGGAUCAGAAGGAGAAGAACUCGGUGAUUUGGCUGCGUUUAGAAUAACAAAUAAGCGAUGGUACAUGUUCCAGAAGAUGGGUCCAUCACCGUACGCUCGUCACACAACAGUUUUGUCUGCGUGCAGAGAAAAAAUUUUUGUUCUUGGUGGUGACAGUCUCCACAGAGCUAAACCUGAUGAAUCAGGAGUAAUACAUGUUUUAGAUACUGACAGCUUACGUGGCCCACCAUCUCCAACUCAAACCUUCCCCCGCGGCCAACCGUUAGCAGACUCUCGUUCAAACUCACUCACAAAUGAUGCUCAAAGAUACCAGCGAACUCCAUACGGCGAUCCUGUUCCGUAUGGUGCUACCGACCCCCGAUUUCAGGGUCCGCCUCGACAAGGUUCACCGAGUACGUCAAUUUCACCGAGAACUGGUCCGGAAGGAAUGAUAUAUUCGAAUCAAACGUAUGGAGCCCAACCAGUUAACGGGACUGGGCAGGGAAGUCCUCGCGGACAAACGUUUCCAAAGAGGCAAAUGACUGGUAACAAUAUUGCUCCGAGAGGUCCUGAGGGGCAGAUGAUAAGCCGUGGUAUGUCUCCAGACAACACACGAUACGAUGGGACCUUGCCUAAUGCCAGAAAUUCGCCAACAGACCAAUUCCGAUAUAUGGAAUCUACUCCCACCACACCCCCCGGAUCAGCACAAGCCCCAUUCGGACGUAAACAAAGUAUCGAAUCUCUCCGCAAACAGACUCCUUCGCCGCAAGGUAGUAGACAGCAGAGGAGUGCGGACAAUCUUCGAGAAGCAAAUGGAUUCAGACCGCCCCGAUCUGGCCCGGAAAAGACGGCUGCUGGAGGAGUGUAUGGGUCUGCUGCGACAGAGUUUGGAUCGAAGGAUUUUACUAACCCGCGAGCAGCGCCAAAGCCACCACAGGUUGGGGUCAGGGUGAAUAACGUCGGAAUGCAGAAUAAUAAUAUGGGAGGUCAAGCUGGGAUGGGAAUGCAGAAUAAUAAUAAUAUCGGAGGCCCAAGUGGUGUGGGUAUGCAGAAUUAUAAUAUGGGUGUUCAGGGUGGUUUGAGUUUGCAGAAUAAUAUGGGAAAUCAGGGUGGCAUAAGUAUGCAGAACGCAGUGACCAUGCAAGGAAAUAUGAAUACACCGCCUGCACAAGAACAGAGAUCAUUUACAGGUGUCAAUCAAAACGCUGAUGCGAAUACACAGCAAUUGAUAAUUAAUACUAACAAUGCACAAGGAAGCGUGCUAUACGGCGGUACAUUCUCGCCGGGAACAUCAAGCGGAAGUCCAACGACCGUUCGCUCCCCAAUGUCCCCGACGGAUACUAUGAAGCUUGCUGAUCAAUUUCCUACCCCUGUGUCGAAUGCAGAACGAGAUAGCUUCCUUCGCGAGUUGCAACAAAGAGAUGCGGCCAUUUCUUUAUUGAAAAAACGGGAAAACUGGUUCCGUACAGAACUUGCUUUUGCUCGGAAAGCCGGCUUUACUCCCGACUUUGGUCGCGAUGCCGACACGUCCGAGGAUACUGAAGCAGAACAAAUUUUAAAUGUAGGUGAGCCAAAUUCUGAUAAAUACAAGUUAAUUGUUGCAUUGAUGAAAGUAAAGCAAGAGCUUCGUCGAGCAAAAGCAACAGUAGCGAGUCAGGCACAGACGGCUUCCUUGAAAAUCACAGAGUCAGAGCGCAUACGUACAGCAGCGCUCCAAGAAGCUGCUUAUUUCAAAGCCAAACUGACAGCGUUGAUGAACGCGUCAGAAACAGAUCUAGCACAGAUUGAAUCACAACGUGCCGCAGAUCUUGAGAAACGAUUAACCCAAGCUUUAACCGAAAAAGAAGCCGCUCAAACUAAAUUAAUUCAGUAUCAACAAUCAUCAAGUUAUGAGAUGCAAGCAAGAGAAUCGGCUGAGGAACGAGCAAAGGCCGCAAAUGCAAGGGCAGAAGAAAUGGAAGAAUCACAUGCGCGAGUAUUAACCGAAUUAGCUACAUUGCAUUCGAGAGCUACUGCUGCCGAGACUUCUCUGAGACAAGCCAAUGCGCGAUUGGCAGAAGCCAACGCUGAAUUGGCGCAGCAUCGUGUUAAGUCAUCGGGUUCGCAAGGACAAUUAGCUCAACUACAAUUGUCACUUGAACAACAUCAACGCGCUCUUGAGAAAGCUAACGCUGCUUUGAGUGCUGCCAAUGAACGCGCCUCUGAAGCAGAAUCUUUGUGGAGACAAGCCCGUCAAGAUCGUCAAGAUAUAGUUAGUUUGGAGAAAGAAGCUGCAGGACUGAGAGCGGAAUUAGAUGUGAAAAUGCGUGAUUUAGACCGAGCACAUGCAAAAACUAAUGAAUUAGAACGAUUGUUAGCCACAGCUCAGAAAGAAGCAGAUGCUGUUCGUGCAGUAAUGCAAGAAAGCAUGACCGAACUUCUGAAUACGUCACGUUCCGGAACUGCUAAUGACCUCAAUAUCUCUGAUCUGACUCGUAGAUACAAUGAACUUGAACAGGAAGUUGAAAAACUUAAAAUUGCUCGUAGCGACAGUCAAACUGCAGCCGAUGAGGCUUCGAGGUCUCUUGCCGAAGCUAUGGGUAGGACUUCUCAAUUAGAAGCUACUAAUAUCAAGUCUCGGUCUGAAAAUGCUUCUCUACAAAGAAGGCUGGCCGAAGCUACAGAUGAAAUCGCACGAUUGAAAGAUAGAGUACGUGAAAAGGAACGAGAUCUAGAAACGAAAACGCAAGCGCUUGAAGAGGCUAAUGUUAAAAUAGGAAUGAUGAAAGAUGUCAUGUCUGAGAAGGGCAUUCUUGACAAUGGUGGAACGAACAAUAUAACAACGCGGUACAAAGAAUUAGAAGCUCGAUAUGCAGAACUCGGAUUCACCCAUGCAGAAACGUCAAAUCAACUUUCGGAAACGCGUACUAAAUGUGAGGAAGCAAUUCAGAGAGCAAAAGAGGCAGACGAGCGCAUAAAAACACUUGAAUCACAGCUCGAACGAGUAAGUGAUAAAAAUAUAACGGAUAGUUCAAAGACACUCACGGACGGAGGCAAAGAUUCGGAUUCGGAUGCCGACGCUUCUAGGCGUGAAUUAUCUGAAGUAAAGCAACGGCUACAGCAAGUAGAAUCGGACUAUCAAACUGCGCUUCACUACGUCAAAGGUAGCGAGAAGAUGUUGCGAAGAAUGAAGGAAGAAUUGACGAGGAGUCAAACAGAAAAUGCAAAGAUAAAUGAGAAGUUACUACAAAUGCAAGAACAUUCUGAAAACCUCGAGGAGAAAUUGGCAGAUGCAGAAAAUCAAAUGACAGUCAGAAGGGGUGCUCGUGAAUCUCGAGUACAGGAAUACGCUAAUGCUCGUCUUGAAGAACAGCGAAAAGACUUUGAUAAAGAAAAGCAAGCCCUGCAGCAACAACUGGCUGAUAUUCAAUUACAAUUAGAGCGCUCAAACGACGAUAAGGCUAUGAUGGAUCAAGAGUAUGAAGUAUUACGGAAAGAAUACGAGACCCUCAAGAAUCUUCAUGCUCAAACCACUCAACAAUUAGAUAAUCUUGGAACUGAACUAAAACGGAUGCAAGAAGUGCUCCAGGCAACUCGAACAGAAUUGGAAGAGACAUUGACUCUGAAUGAACAUUUGAACCGGGAACUUGAAAUCGCUUUGAGUGGAUCACCUCGAAAAGAAAACGGUCUGCAAGACAAUGCCAGACACUCGAUGGAACGCCAGCAGUGGGAUGAGCAUCGUACUAUGCUUGAACGCGAGAUCGGUGAAUAUCGUACCAAGACAGAAACACUUGAAAAGGAAAACCUUGAAUUGAAUCAUAAAAUUGGAAUCCUUCUCGACCAAAUGGAACAUGCUGUCGACACGUAUCGCGGCAUCGAAGUAAACAUUCGUGACAAUAGCCCGCGAAACUCUGGUGCUCUUGAUUCGAUAGCAAAUGAGUUAGAUGCCCUCAAGUCCCAGUGGGAUGAAACUCAGAAGAACGUUGAUGUGAGCGUUGAUGAUAGAUGGAGUCGUCUUCCAGAGAACAGCAAUGACACUGUUCGCGUUCCAUCGCGUUUAGAAGAAUAUGAUGAUAUGAUAAAGGCUUUGGAUGAGGUACACAAGUCAGCUGCAACAAGAAAUUUAGUACCGAUGUCGCCGAAUACCAGCCAGAAUAGUCAAGCAAUGAGCAAUGGAUCGGGUUUGAUCGACCAUAUUAGGAGUCAAUUGAGUCUUACGCCACCACCGACACCUCCUGGACCGUCGCCAUGA